UAAGAAUAAAAACAGCCAUUUUUCUUCUUUUCGCUCCUCUGACCCAUUUUUUUUAUCUUCAAAAGUUCAAUCCCAUUAAAAUCGCGGUUUGCCGGUCUCUCGCCUCUCUUCGCACCUCACUUCCAUCUGACCAUGUCCAAGUCUCCAACCACACCACCAGAAGGUUACGAUUGUUAUAGUAACCUCCAAAUCAAACUGUUCUUCCUACUUCAAAACACAUCGGUCUAAAUAUUCAUGCGUUUGAAGUGGUGUUUGUCCGGGCUUGAGGCUAAAGCAUACGAUCUUCAUACUAAGGGAUUUUGGAGUUAAUUAGCACCAUUUUAUCAAACAAAUGUGCCUUGCUUUGCGUUUCAUGGUAUGUUCAAGCGGGGAAUGUUGAGGAAGCAAGGCUAAUCUAUGAUCAAAUGCCUGAGAAGAAUGUAAUUGCCUCAAACUCUAUGAUUGUGUUGCUGGGUAGGUGUGGCAUGGUGGUUGAGGCUUGCCGUUUGUUUAAUGAAAUGGUUGGCAACGAUUUGGUUUCCUGGACUGCAUUGAUUUCAUGCCAUGAGCAAAAUGGGUUUUAUAGAGAGGCUUGGGAUUGGUUCGUGCAUAUGACUUCCAUUGGGAUCACUAUAGAUGAAGUUGUGGUGGUCAGUGUGCUCUCAGCUUGUGCACAUUUGUUGAUCCUAGACACUGGACAAUCUGUACAUGGGAUGGUCACUAAGGUUGGUUUUGAAUCAUAUGUUAAUCUUCAAAAUGCUUUAAUUCAUAUGUAUUCUUGUUGCAGUGACGUAAAUUCCGCACAAAAAGUGUUUGACACAAGUAUUAAUUUGAACCAAAUCUCUUGGAACUCGAUAAUUGCUUGUUAUGUGAAGUGUGGAUCAGUAGAAAAAGCAAAGGAGGUAUUUGAUUCUAUGCCUGAGAAAGAUCGUGUCUCGUGGACCACAAUGAUUUCUGGCUAUGCUCAACAUGAUCAGUUUAUAGAGACUUUAGCUUUAUUUCAGGAAAUGCUACAUGGGCACAUUGAGCCAGAUGAGAUAACUUUAGUUAGUGUGGUUUCAGCUUGUGCCCACCUUGCAGCAUUUGAACAAGGCAAAUGGAUUCAUGGUUAUAUAAGACAAAAAGGCAUCAAGGUUAAUAACAUUCUAGGUACCACUCUUAUUGACAUGUACAUGAAAUGUGGAUGCUCAGAGAAUGCAAUGGAGGUUUUCUAUGGAAUGGAACACAUUGGUGUUUCUUCUUGGAAUUCUCUCAUUCUUGGAUUGGCCAUGAAUGGACAUGUACAAAGAUCUCUUGGAAUAUUUGAAGAGAUGAAGAAAUAUGGAGCAACUCCCAAUGAGGUAACCUUGCUUGCAGUUCUUGGUGUGUGCCGGCAUAUGGGUAUGGUGGAUGAGGGUCGCCAUUAUUUUGAUUCUAUGGUGAAGUCGUACAAUAUUGAACCUAAUUUGAAACACUAUGGGUGUAUGGUUGACUUACUUGGCCGUGCAGGACUGCUUAAAGAAGCUGAAAAGCUCAUUCAGAGCAUGCCUAUGGCUCCUGAUGUUCCCACCUGGGGCGCGUUGCUUGGAGCUUGCAAAAAGCAUGGUGACAGUGAAAUGGGAAACCGGGUUGGUAGGAAACUUCUUGAGCUUCAGCCCUACCAUGAUGGUUUUCAUGUUAUAUUGUCCAACAUCUAUGCUUCAAAGGGAAACUGGGACAAUGCUCAUGAUGUUAGAGGUGUUAUGUCACAACAUGGCGUGUUCAAAACCCCAGGCUACAGUAUGAUUGAAGCUGAUUGUAUUGUUCAUUAAUCCUUUGCAAGCGACUAGUCUCACACUCUGAUCCAAUAAAAAUGGAACUAUGGAAGUAAUGAUUGGAAUAUUGGAUGUAAGUAAAUUUGUGGAUGAAUUGAAGUCAACAUGAUGUGCUGAAUUUAAAAUGGUGUUCGACAGUUUGAGCUCAGGAACCUUUUGUGGUGUACCUCAAAGCAUGAUGUGUAUCUGAUGCAAAACUACUCAGUAAAGCACUGGUCUUCUCUUCUAAGAAAUGGAAAACAAAUACUCAAUGUUGCUAAACCACUAGUACCAACACUGUACCAGAAAUCUUGUGGAUCAUUUUCCCAGACUCUUGCCAGAGUGCAGAUAUGCACCAUGGCCGUCAAAGAAUGUAAUGGUGGCAGGUGGUUUCCAAGGCGAGUUUAUCUGCAAGUUCCUAAACCGACCUGGAGUUGCCUUCUGCACAAAAUUAACUGCUGAAGACAAUGCGGUAAUAGAUACCCUUAAAGGACACCUAGACUUCUCAUUUUCUCCGGCCUGGCACCCCAAUGGACAAAUUCUAGCGACGGGCAAUCAGGACACAACUUGCAGACUAUGGGAUGCAAGGAAUAUGUCAAAGUCAUUUGCAGUACUCAAAGGAAGGAUGGGGGCAAUUCGGGCGAUAAAAUUCACUUCAGAUGGUCGGUACAUGGCUAUGGUAGAGGGAACUGAUUUUGUGCAUAUAUUCGACUCGCAGUCCGACUAUGGUUCAAGUCAGGAAAUUGAUUUGUUUGGUGAGAUUGUUGGAAUUUCUUUCAGCCCUGACACUGAAGCUCUUUUUACGGAACAUACGGAAGUGUUCUGGAGUUCAACCGGAGGAGUUACAAUCACUACCUAGACUUAUACUCAUAGGGCUGGAAGUAAUGUUGUGUAAAUUUGAAGAGUGAACAGAUACACAUGUUCUUGAGGGAAAUAUUCUUGUUGAUGUGAUGAUUUCACCAAGUCUUUUUCCCCUAUAAAGAUUUGGUGUAAGAAACUCUUAUGUUUUAUGUAUCAUAUUUUUAUCAAAGUAACUUUUUGGUUUUAAUAUGAGAUGACCAUGGUGUAAUUGUGAAAUAUGUAAUAUGUAAGUAUUGGUGCUAAAAUUCAAAUAUGGGAGAAUCUCACUUAUAG